UCUCAAUGAAUACUUCCACAAAAAGGGCGCCCACCUUUGUUAGCGCUUCUCUCUCUCUCUCUCUCUCUGCGCGAAGGAACUGUUCGACGCUCUUCCUUCAUUUCUGGGCUUAUUGGAUAGAAGAAGGGCGUCGGGAGAGAGAUGGGGCUGACUUUUACAAAGCUGUUUAGCCGGCUUUUUGCCAAGAAAGAAAUGCGUAUUUUGAUGGUUGGUCUUGAUGCGGCUGGUAAAACCACGAUCCUCUACAAGCUCAAGCUAGGUGAAAUUGUUACCACGAUCCCCACAAUCGGUUUUAAUGUAGAAACUGUGGAGUACAAGAACAUUAGCUUCACAGUGUGGGAUGUUGGUGGUCAAGACAAGAUUCGUCCAUUGUGGAGGCAUUACUUCCAAAAUACACAGGGCCUUAUCUUUGUUGUUGACAGCAAUGACAGGGACCGUAUUAUUGAGGCAAGGGAUGAGUUGCACAGGAUGUUGAAUGAGGAUGAGUUGCGUGAUGCUGUUUUGCUUGUAUUUGCAAACAAACAAGAUCUCCCAAAUGCGAUGAAUGCAGCGGAGAUAACUGAUAAGCUUGGCCUUCAUUCCCUCCGCCAACGCCACUGGUACAUCCAGAGCACGUGUGCAACUUCUGGAGAAGGUUUGUACGAGGGACUGGACUGGCUCUCCAACAACAUUGCCAACAAGGCCUGAGGUCUCUGCGUCGUGAUUUCCACUGUCUUCGUGGAUAUAAGAUCAGUGCGUUUUUCUGUUCCCGUGUUCAGGUGGUUGAUCCCGUUACGAUGAUUAGGAGACUAUGCUGUGACUAAUAUAGCUUUUACAGUAGUGGAUUUUGAUCUAUAUGAAGGACCUAUUAUAUA